AUGUUUUCCACUUUCAACUCAAAGAAGUCAGCAAAGCAUUCGUUGCUUAAAAAAGUUGUUAACAUCGAACCUAAAGAGGCUAAAAACAAUAAAAGCAAUAAAAAAAUAAACACCAAUAUCAACAAAACCAUUCAAAAUGGUAAUAUCAAUAGCAUCAAUAAUACCACCCAUAAUGAAAAUAAUAACCCAGUAAUAAUUUCAAAAUCUCCUUCAAUCAGAUUUAACAACACUUUAGUUUCUAACAAUUUAACUAAUAAUUCUUUUGCAAAUUUGAUUCCAAACCCUGAAUCAAAACAAAUAAGAUUUGUUGGGUUAUCUCCAAGAUCAAGAAUGGGCUGUAUUGAAUGUAAAAGGAAAAAAAAAAGAUGCGAUGAAUCCAAACCAGCUUGUGGAUUGUGCAAUAGAACAAGAGCAAAAUGUAAAUUGGAAAAAGCAAAGAUGAAUAAGACUGUCAUAACCUCUGAAAAAAUUAAUGGAGUUGAAGAUGAAGAAGAGAAAAUAAAAGAGAGUAAAUUAAAUGAAAAAAGUGACAAAAUAAAAGAGAUUGCAAUGCCUGAUUUUCAAAAUGGUUAUAAUUCCAAUGAAAUAAAAGCAGCGAAUAUAAGUCCAAAAUUGAAUUCAAUUUCUAAGGUAAGAUCAUCUAGUUUUUCAGAGAUAAAGGAAAGAUCUAAUUCUAGUUCACCAGUGACUGAUUUGAUUAUGAAAUAUUCUACUAAUAUAUUGAAUAAGAAGAUUCCAUUAUAUUAUUUACCUAAAUUUGGAAAUGAAUACUCUAAUGAUAAGUCCAUAAUUUUUUUAGAAUAUUAUUGUGAAAAUGUGGCCAAAUCAUUUUCAACAGUUUCAGAGGAUUAUAAUUAUUUUUUAAAAGUUUAUUUACCAAUGGCAUCAAAUAAUGAAUCAGUUUUGUAUUCAUUAAUUGCAUGGGGAGGAAAAUUUUUAGGGGAUGAGGGCAGUAAAGAAUUACUUGAAUAUAAUAAUGGUAAUGAUAUACAAAUAAAUCAGAAUUAUUUUAAAUUGUUUUCAAAAGAAAGAGAAGAGUUAUUACAUACAUUAGCAUGUGGUACUAUUUGUGUUGCUAUACAAAUAUCUACUGGUGAUAUUGAAACAUGGGAUAAAUUAUUUGAGAUUUGCAAAGAAUUGAUUGAAAUUAGUGGAGGAAUCAAGAGUUUGACGUAUACAAUGGAGGAGAAAUGGCUAGUAAGUAAUUUCUCAUAUCAUGAUAUCUUAUCAUCGAUUAGUAAUGAAAAUGGGACUAUCUUCACGACAAAGGAUUACAACGAGAUUUAUGAAUUGAAUGAUGUAAUCUAUGGAAUAGAUCCAUUACAAAGUUGUUUGAAACCAUUGUUUUUAGUAAUGGGUGAGAUAAUCAAUUAUUCAAUUCAGUUCAAGAAGAAAAUAUAUUCCAAAAAUGGGAAAAAUGAAGAAAGGUUUCAAUUUAAUAAAGAAUUAAGCAAAAAUGAAAUUUUGGACAAAUUAACUGAAAAUGAGAUUAAAUUUAAAGAGUUUGAAAACAAGAUCAAGGAGAGCAAACCAAUACAAAGCGAUUUACAAUUUUUUAAAAGCAGUAAAGAUAUGGAGGAGCACUUGACUCUAUUUGAGUUAUUCCAAAUGACAUUGAGGCUAUUUCUAAGACAGGUAUUGAAAAACUAUUCAUCAAAUAAUAUUGACAUUCAGUAUUUGUUGAUUAGGAUUAAUUUUUUGCUAGAUUUUUUGAUUGGGUCGUCGGUGAAGUCUGCCUUGUUGUUUCCCAUGAUAAUGGCAGGAAUUAACUCUGUGGACGAAAACGAUCGAAUUGCAAAUCUAGAAAGAUUUGACCAGUAUUGGAACAACAACUACCCAAGAUCAGGGAACAUCAAGCUAGGGAAGAUUGUUGUGGAGGAGUCAUGGAAUAUCAAUCCUAUUGGUAAUUUGUGUGUGAAUUGGUACGAAAUAGCAAAGAGUCUCAACUGGAGCUUGAAUUUGGCGUGA